AUGGCCCAGGAAAUCGACAUCCCUACCCGGCCAGAGGGCCAUGAAGGCUUGGACAAUCCAUUGAGAGCGAUCGUUGUGGUCAACUCUCCUGAUGUUCCGGACGGUGACAUGGAAGAAAGGAUGCUAGACUGUAUCCAGACGUUUGAUGAGGUUGAUAAGUUUUUCGAUGCAUUUGACGAGAAAGUGGCAUAUCCAAACGAAAAUCACAUCAAGUAUGAGGUGGGAAGUGAUGGGCUUGUUGUUGUGGUUGUUGACACACUCAAGUUAAGAGAUGAAGUAUUGAAGUUCAUUGAUGGGUAUGUUGCUGAGUUUGGCGAUGAACUUGACGACGAGGUCGACGAGGAGGAUGAGAAUGAUGCUGUGGAUAGGAAAAAGGCUAGAAAAUAA